AUUUCCGAUGUCUUGUUGGGACGAGGCUCCACAUUGGCGGACACGCCCCGCCCCUGUUAGAGUAGGGUUAGGGUUAGGGGUGUAGCCCCGCCUCAUACGUCUAGCCCCGCCUUCUUCUGCGGGCCGCUGCCGGGUCGCUCUCUUUUAUUUGCAGCGCCACACAGUCUUGUGUCGGUUUUAAGGAUAGGGGGCGUCAGAGGCUAAGGGGAAGUGUCGGGACCCGGGGGCUCCGUCAUUUCCAGCAGCGGAGAGUCACAUAUCUGGGCGGGUCCGCGCCGACGGAGAGCCGAGCAAAAAGUGUUGGGCAAACACAAACAUGGCGCCCGCCUCCACCGACAACUUCAGAUGAAAUUUGGACACAGGAGAGAAGAGACAAAAACCAAAACAACCAGCAGGCAAACACGGGGUGACAAGAGUGCGAGGGCGAAACACCGAAGUGCGCUUUGUGUCUGCCGGGUUCGCUUUGGGGAAACUUUGUCGGGAGAUUAAAACAUCGUUACCGUUUCGAGCGGGUUAAAGAAGAAGGAAAAAAAAACCCCUCACGGCAAGUCGCCUACAUGUCAGCGUCGUCUCUCUCCGCAGUGUGAACAGCUGGUAGUCCCAGCCAUGAUGGAGGACAAGGGUCACCGUGUGACCGACUAUUUUGUGGUGGCCGGACUGACGGACAAGUCCACACCGCUGGAGCAUGACCUCUCAGAAACCAAGUCCAGCGGACCCAAAGCCCCAAUCACCGACUUGACUGUCAUCAACAGGUCAGCGGGGGAAGCGGUGCCUGAAGGUUUCACCUGCAUCGACAGCACCUACAGCGGCCAGCAGGCCAACCUCAACCAUGGUAGCCUAAAGAGUCCUGAGCUCUUCCUCUGCUACAAGAGGUGUCGCGGGAAGCCCCCACUGAUCGACGUCGGGGUGCUUUAUGAGGGCAAGGACCGUCUGAUCCAGGGCUGCGAGGUCAUCCAGGCCACACCUUACGGCCGCUGCGCCAAUGUCAACAAUAGCUCGGCUACCUCGCAGCGCAUUUUCAUCACGCUGCGCCGGGCACCACCCGUCCAACCCCAAAACUCCCUGGCCGUCACAGACAUCUGUGUCAUCAUCACGAGUAAGGCCGAGACUCCGCCACACACUUUCUGCAAGGUGGACAAGAAUCUCAACUGCGGCAUGUGGGGCUCCAAUGUGUUCCUGUGCUACAAGAAAUCCGUAUCGGCAUCCAACUCCAUCAAUUACAAAGCGGGCCUCAUCUUUCGAUAUCCAGAAGAGGACUAUGAGUCUUUUCCUCUGUCAGAGUCUGUACCUCUGUUCUGUUUGCCGAUGGGUGCCAAGAUCGAGUGCUGGGAUCCAAACACACGCGAUCCACUGCCCGUUUUCUCCACAUUCGUCUUGACUAUCUCCACUGGUGAAAAGGUGUACGGGGCAGCCAUCCAGUUCUACGAGUCCUACCCGGUGGAGCUGUUAAACGAGAGGCAGAAGAUCCAGCUGGGACUGCUCACCACAGUGGAGAAGAAGAUGAUCCCCAACAGGCCCGUAAACACCAACAAGUGCAUCUGCCUGCUCUCCCGAUGGCCGUUCUUCGAGUCCUUCCGCAAGUUCCUCAUGUUUCUCUACAAGCUCUCUGUCUCCGGCCCCCACCCACUGCCCAUUGAAAAGCACAUCUCGCACUUCAUGCACAACGUAUCAUUUCCUUCCCCUCAGAGGCCCAGAAUAUUGGUUCAGCUCUCAGCACAUGACACCUUGAUCCUGUCCCAGCCUGUUUGUACACCUUUACCUCUCAGUGGGGCAGACUACAGCACCCUGCUGACGAACCUGGGGGCAGAGAACUGCGCCACGCUGCUGCACUUUGUGCUGCUGGAGAGUAAAAUCCUGCUGCACUCGCUCCGGCCCGCCGUGCUCACCGGCGUGGCUGAGGCAGUGGUCGCUAUGAUCUUCCCCUUCCAGUGGCAGUGUCCAUACAUCCCCCUGUGCCCCCUCUCUCUGGCAGGCGUCCUCAACGCACCAUGUCCCUUCAUCGUGGGAGUGGACUCUCGCUACUUUGACCUUUAUGACCCCCCGGCAGAUGUUGUGUGUGUGGACCUGGACACAAAUACUAUCUACCUGUCGGAUGAGAAGCGACAUAGUAACUGGAAAAACCUUCCCAAGAAGCCUUCCAAAAGUCUCAUCAACUCACUGAGCAACCUGCACCAUCAACUGAAUGCUGUGCGACAGACACCGCAAGAGGGCAUGGCAGUAGAGAUGACCCCCAUUGAGGCGGACUUCACCUGGCACAAGAAGAUGACUGCCUUGGAGAUGGAAAUUCAGGAGACAUUCCUCCGCUUCAUGGCCUCCAUCCUGAAGGGCUACCGCUCCUACCUGAAACCAAUCACUCAGGCCCCCUCCGAGAAGGCCACCGCCGCAGACUCUCUCUAUGACCUGCAAGGGUUUUUAAAGAGCAGGGACCGUGCCCACCAGAAGUUCUACUCCCAGCUCACCAAGACCCAAAUCUUCAUCCGUUUUAUCGAAGAGUGCACUUUUGUAAGCGACAAGGACACCGGCUUGGCCUUUUUUGAUGACUGCAUCGAGAAGCUUUUUCCCUCUGAUAAAGGCAACGACAAGGGCACCAAGGUUGAAGGUGAGUCAUCAGACGACACAAGGCUGAUGGAACUGGAUGAGUCUCAGAAAAGCGAGCACACGGUCUUCGUCAUGCCCCCCGAACCUCCCGCUGAAGAUGGACCUGAACCCCCACCUUGGUACAGUUAUAAGGGUUUCCCCCGGCUGAGGAUGGAGUUGUUUGACCGUCCAAGGAAGCUAAGGCCAGCGCUCAGCAGUAGGACAGCAGGGGCCAGUCUGUCCAGCAGCCCUGCACUACUGGCUAAGAGGACUAAGCAGGAGAUCAAGUUGGCGUACAAGCUGGCAAAACGUUUCUACUCUCACCCUCCGCUCUGGGCCCGCUGUCUGUUCAGUCACUGCUACAGCCUGUGGUUCAUCUGCUUGCCAGAGGCGGUUCGACUGGCCAAGUCCAAGAGCCGUGCCAUGCAGCAGGCUUACAACGUCCUCCUUAAGAUGAGGACCGCUGAGGUGGAGAUGCUGGAUGAGGUGUGUUACCGAGUGGUGAUGCAGUUGUGCGGUGUAUGGGGUCUUCCUGUCAUGGCCGUGCGUGUCCUGGUUGAGAUGAAGAAGGCGGGGGUGCAUCCCAAUGCCAUAACCUAUGGAUACUACAAUAAGGCUGUUCUGGAGAGUCCAUGGCCCAGCCGGAACCGCAGUGGCCUUUUCAUGUGGACUAAACUAAGGAACGUUGUCCGGGGAGUAGCCCAGUUCAAGCAGGCUCUGGGUCGCACACCUUCCCUCAAAGGACCUGGCGUCAUCACCACAGUUGUGUCAGCAGGUGGGCCAAUGGUCGCUGAUGGUGACCGGUUAAGUCACGGCAGCGCUGACAGUUCCAGUGAGGCUAAUGGGGAGGAGCACACCCUAUUCGCCCGCAACCUGGUCAUGGCAGACUCCACAGACAACCACUACAGCACAGGGGGGCAGUCUGACCAAGGCUAUGGUUCCAAGGAUGAGUUGCAUCAUGACCUGUCAGAGUCUUCACAUUCAGCCACACCUCUCUCGGGUGAAAGUAGCGAAACUAAAGCACAGCACAAUGGUGGGGACAUUGCUGGUUCAGUGGACAGUGCAGUGGCAGUUGUGGACCCCCCCAGCCCUGUUAAUACACUCUUCUCCGUCCCCAGCAUCGUGAAGCUGUCCACAGGGAGCUUUGACUCUUGCCGGGAAACUGGCACAAGUAAGCUGUUUACAUUGCGUAGUAAGAGUGAAGAUUUGGCUCUCCCUGUGGAAGAUCCCUCACGAGCAGCAGGGGAAGCAGGCUCCCAGUCACAGAGACAGAAAGCCUUCACUGAGCGCAGCUGUAGCUUCAGCGUUGAGAGCCGCCCCUGCAUGCUCCUGGAGAAGGGUGUAGAUCACAUGGCCAGCUGCAUGGGAGCAGAUGCCCGCAUCCUGGCUGCAGCCCUGUCUGUCAGCACCACUCCACCCCUGCACAGCAUGUCUAAAGCACUUUUCAAAGACUUGGAGGAGGAGCCUGAGGACGAGCAGGGCUUAGUAUUGGGCAAGCUGUCAGAGGAGGAGAGACCUGUAGUGGACACGCCCACUCAGGAAGAAGGCCAGACGCUUGUUAAACAGGGAGCUGAGGUGGAAAGAGAGGAGGUAGACCAGCAGGACACAGAAACACAAGAGGAGGAGAGUGGGGGGCGAAGUGUAACCAUGGAAAGAGAGGACGUCCAGGUGGGUGCUGAUCCCCUUUCUUUGCUUGUCUCAGAGACUGAGGAGUCAGCCUCCGUCAACAGCCAGGAGCCGCCACGCACCAUGCCUGCCAUGGUGUCUCGCAACCUGGCAGAGGAGAUCGAAAUGUACAUGAGUCUGCGCAGCCCCCUGGGGGUAAAGUCUUCCAGCAUGGAGCUCCACCAAGGCCAGGGAGACGCCGCUGAUGCUCCUCCAGCCAAGCAGCCCCUGGAGCGGAGGUCCAGCCUCCCCGUGCCCCCUAUAAAUACUCCGUCCAGCUCCCCUGGUGACACUCCUAAGCGCAGCCCUAACACUGUCACUCGCUCCAAGACUUUUGCAGUGAAAACCAAGAGCCCAGCUAGCACCACAGUUAGCCCAGGACCCAGGUCGUCCUCGCUGACGGCGCUGGUAAAGUCCUCCCAGGGUGGCUCACUAGGCUCAGUUAUCCACACCAUCUCUGGCAUCAAGAUGGACACCCUGCUCUCAGGGCCUAAAAUGGAUGUGCUGAAGUCAGGCAUGAAGCAAGCGGCUAAUGUAGCCAGCAAAGUGUGGGGAGCAGUAGCUUCAGCUUAUUCCUACUCAGAUGAUGAGGAUGAAUCGGCCCAGGGCAGUGGCGGUUUCCCAGCCCAUCUGAACGAGCAUAUGCUGUCCGGGCAUGAAGGAGGUGAUAGUCCCACAGAUAAAGCACUGAUAUCGGGCUUGAUGGCCAAUGGCCUAAACCACAGUCGCACCAGCCUGGGCAGCAGCAGCGGCAGCAGUGACACAGGCCGAGGAACCCACCAAACACACCCGACUCCAGGCAGAGCGGGCAGGGGUCCUGACUCUGAGCAAGGCUCCUCCUACCAUGCCUCUUCUUCCAGCAUAUACCAGAACUGUGCACUGGAGGUGUUGAUGUCCAGCUGCUCUCUGUGUCGCUCGUGCGAGGCCUUGGUGUACGAUGAGGAAAUCAUGGCGGGCUGGACAGCCGACGACUCCAACCUAAACACCAACUGCCCCUUCUGCCGUGUCGCCUUCCUCCCCCUGCUGUACAUUGAGUUCCGAGACCUGCGCACUGCCUCCGAGUUCUAUAUAAAACCCAGUGAGUCAGGAGACAGUAUUCACAGCACAAACACUGCAACCGCUGCCAGCAGCCCUGCUGAGACUAAGACAUCGGACCUUAUCACUUUCCCACAGUCCUCUGAGGAAGACACCAGACAGACCCCAGAAAACCAGUCUACCAUAGAUAAAAGUCUGGUUCCAGAGCCUGUGCAGUCAGACCCCCUGGGUCUGCUGGAGCACCAGGCACCGGGGAAGCAGCAACGUGGCAACGGGACAUCGCUGACCCGCAGCAACAGCGUAGGCGGUCCCCUGCAGAGCCUGGACUCCUCCCAGAGACCCAGCCAUGGCGUCUCCACCACAAGCCUGCCCAGCAGCCUGCAUGAGGUGUCGGAUGGCAUGGGAGCAAAGCGACCAAACCCCAAGCCAGUGUCAGUUCCCUAUCUCAGCCCCUUGGUGCUGCGUAAGGAGUUGGAGACGCUACUGGAGAAUGAGGGAGAUCAGGUGAUCUACACCCACAAGUUUCUCAGCCAACACCCCAUCAUCUUCUGGAACCUGGUCUGGUAUUUCCGCCGGCUGGAGCUGCCAACUCACCUGCCUGGUCUCAUCCUGACCUCUGAGCACUGCAACAAUGGAGUACAGCUUCCACUGACUUCUCUGUCUCAGGAUGGUAAACAGGUGUACGUCCAGCUCCUGUGGGACAACAUCAACCUGCACCAGGAACCUGGAGAGCCACUCUACCUGCUUUGGAGAACCCUGCUGGAGAAGAAGAGGACGCUGGCUCCAACAGACCACCAGGAGACACGGACCCUCCUCAACACAAUUGUCCGCAACAUCCAGACCAACGAUGUCUAUGGGCCUAUAAACCUGCUGCUCCGAGAGGUCAAACGACGGCCAGAGGUCAAACGGCAAAGGAGUAUCUACAGAGAAAUCUUGUUCCUGUCACUGGUGUCUUUGGGACGGGAGAAUAUCGACGUGGAGGCCUUUGACAGAGAGUACCGCCUGGCUUACGAUCAACUGAGUCAGGAGCAGCUGAAGGCUCUGCACCGCAUGGACCGGCUGCCCAGCGCCAGCGCCCAGUGGUGCCUCAAGUCCUUCGGCACGCCCAUCAUCUGACCAUUGCCACCCCCUACAGGACCGAUGGAGAUGUCAGGCUGCCAUCGUCCCUUGAGCUGCGGUUAGAGCGCAAGACAAGAGGCUGGUCAGAGGGGAGGAGGGGUGGGGAAUAUAUUUUGGCUGAAGAUUGUAGGGGAAAAUGGAUUUUCUAAAGAGCUCUCAACAGCCCUCAAUCUUCCCAAAGAUGGUACUUUUUCUCCUUCUCCUUCUUGAACACUUUAGUUUUCCUUCUACCCCACAACCACCUUUUUUUUUCUUCAUAGAUUUCCAAGCAGCUUCUUCUAACUGGGACUCUUUCUGUGAAAGUUGCUUGGAAAAGCUAGGAGAUAAUCUCUUGGAACUUAAUGGGUUGUGUUUCCGUACAGAUGUAUAGAAAGAAGAAAGAUUAUAAGCUGUGUGUUGUGUUGACUGUACGAGUGUGUGUGUGUGUGUGUGUGUGUGUGUGUGUGUGUGCAUGUGUGUGCGUGCGUGCGUGUGUGCGUAUGUACGUAUGUGGUAAUGCAGUCACUGCCCAGUCUUCACUAGUUUUGCGCUAGCGCUUUAACCACACCGCCUAAUGUGUUGUGACUAUAGCGGAAUGAGAUAUAGCUUAGUUGACCGACUAGCGCACUGUGUACAGUCCCUCUCAUGUUUUAUUUCCUGUGUGCUCCUUCUGAAAAGGGUAACUCAAGUCCACCUUUUUUGUACAUAUUUUUCUACUUGGGAGGGGCCGGGGAUCGGGAGGGGAGGGAAUCUAUUACCGGGGUUACCUAGUUUAAGGCAAUAAGUUUUGAUGCCCCGCUCUUUCUACCGAUCCAAGUCUUAAAGAAGAAUGUCAUUGUUUGUGUGUUUGUUUGUUUCGGUGCAAAUGUACGGGUUCAGAGUGGAUUUCUCUGUGUAAAUAUGUCGAACGCUCAUGUAAAUGGGAGAGGACUGAAGCCACGGACAAUCACUCAAAUUAAACUCAGAGCAUUCCAGAAACGCUUCACUCAACAUCCAGGUGUGUUAAAGAAAAAAAACAAAAACAUAUUCAUCCCUGCAGAGGCUCCACCACAUGUGUUUAUACCCACCGUUCUGGGGUGGGGUUUCAUCAAUUGGAAGGGAAACGGCAUGCAUGCCAAACUACCUAAAAAGCAGCUUUUUUUUUCUUUUUUCAAAACAGAAUCCCUUUUCAUUCCCAAGCCUUAACAUGGGAGGAAGGUUCUCUUACAGGGAAAGACUUAACUGCAGUGCCUCAGCGAUGACAAGUCUGCUCAGCUUGUUUUUAAAUGUCCUGUUGUCUUUCUUUUUCUAAACAGCACCGUACUGUACUUGGCCAGUUCAUAUGCCUUAACGCUAUGAUAGAUUCAAAUUAUAUUUCACAAGCACAUUGUUUAGUCUUUAGCCAUUGACUGUAACAUAGGCAUAUUGUGGCAUAGUGAUAAGACUUCCUCUGAUAACUGAACCAUCAGAUUUGUUUUAAUCAGGCAUAUUACUUGCUUAAAAGUUAGUUUUUAAAGGUUAACACAGUAAUAUAUAAUGUCACCUCUAUCCAUUAUUUUAGAAUAGUGUUUGCAAUUGUGAUCAUUUAGAGCUUUGUGUGGCACAUAGUACAAAGGGCUUGUUCAUACAGGUGAUGCUGUGUCCGUCAUGAGAGUUGCCUGAUGAAACGACAUUCCAGUGAAUGCUGAAACUAAAAUGGGAAGUGGAAGUGCUGCAGCGGUUUUCCAAAUCUCUCCCUUGAGUUGUUGGAAACUGGGUCCUCCGGUAGACUUGAGAGAGAAGCUGUCUUGUACAGAUUCUGUGUUGUUUUUGUGAAAUUGUUGGAUUGCACUGCAUGGAUUAUAAUACCCGACCUUGACUUUGGGGAGGGAUUCGGGUCUCUGUCCUACCAGGUUGCAUCCAUUCAACAUAACUGCCAAUUGAAGACAUUGAAAACAGAAAUUUGAGAUAAUAACAAUGAAAAACUUUGAAUUAUUUAUUGUAUUUGACAACAUUGAGAUUGUUGACAGUACAGUAAUUGACCUUUGCUGACUUUUGCAUUUAACUUUUAAAAGUUUAGUGAAUGAACCUACCGAACUGAUUCCACAAAUGUACUCUCUUGACUUGUACAUUUGAUCUCUUGAUGGUACAGAGACAUCAUGCCACCAAACCAGACAUCAUGCCACCAAAAAGAGAUGUAUAGAAAAGUCCCUCAAUGGUUUAAGUGAUCUCAUACCGUCCUGUGGAAUGGAUUUGAAUGUUGAGACACAAUUCAUCUGCAAUAAAUGAGUUUGUGACCUGACUGACAACUCGGUUGUGUCAGUUUGUUCUUUAGAUGUUAAGUUAUAUUUACUGGGAUUUGAAAUCACCUCAAUGUCUUGUGAAAACUGUAGUUGUGGG